GUCCGUAGUGGCACUGGCUACAGAGAUGUACGAACUUCCGGUUUCUCAGCCGCUGCCGCCCGUGCAAACUGCUGUCGUCUCUGCCACCUGCCGCGGCCGGGUUUCUUCCCGGUAGUUGGUCACUUCUUCCUCGUUCCCCAUCGCGCCCAUGGUCCCUCCUGAAGCCAGGUCGGGGGGCCGGGCGGCUCCAGCGUGGUGAGAGGCUGGCCCAGGGACGAUGAAGGGCCUGCAUUGCCGCUGCUGCCCCCGCCGCCUUCUGGCCUCCGCCCUCCUGCUGUUGCUGCUCCUACCAGGGCUAAGAGGGCCCUUGGCGGUGUUGCUGCAGGCAGCAGAGGCCGCCGCGGACUCCGGCCCUCGCGACCGUGGACCGCGGACUCUGUCCCCCUUGCCGCCUGGCCCCACUGCUGCCCACUCCCCGGGCGGCGCCCGGGCAGAGGCCGCGGCGCCGCGGAGCGCAGAGGGUGGCAAUGGCAGCAGCCCCAGGGCGGCGCCUGCGGCAAAUGACCUAGCAGGGAAGGCGGGGGGAGAAGGCUUGGUGGGUGGCGCCGCUUCUGGCUCCGACCCCGAGAUGGAGAAGUCCACGACCCAGCGGGCCCUGACCGUGUUGAUGGUGGUGAGCGGUGUGGUGCUGGUGUACUUCGUCGUCAGGACUGUCAGGAUGCGAAGAAGAAACCGAAAGACUCGGCGAUACGGAGUCCUGGACACGAACAUAGAAAACAUGGAACUGACCCCUUUAGAACAAGACGAUGAGGACGAUGACACCACGCUGUUCGAUGCCAAUCAUCCUCGAAGGUGAGUGCUGAGCAGAUAAGACUGUGCCUUUUGUGAAGAUUUCAUCUUUCUACAAUGAAGAGCAGAAUUUUUAUGUUUAAGGAAUAAGAAGCCACUUUAUCAUUGGGGGGGUAUUUAAGUCACAUAUAUUAUGACAGCUCUUAAUUUGUUAUUGCCAUAAUACUAUAUUGUUUUACUAUGUUUGUGUGUGUGUGUGUGUGUAUAUAUAUAUAUAUAUAUAUAUAUAUAUAUAUAUAUAUAUAUAUAUAUAAAAGUGCUCUUAAUGGGCUUAGAGUUAUUUGGAGUAAACUGUACUAUAAUAGACAUCUGUUUUAGAGCAGGUGUUCUCUGAUCAGUUUUUGUUUUCCACUUACUAUAUUAUUGGAAACUGUUUGAUAGACUAAUGACUUUGUUUGUUUUGAUUUUGCUGGUUAAUUUUUUUUUUCCUGGAACUAUAAAUUCCAACAACUACUGUAUAAAAAAUUAAAAAUUUCUUUAUCAAGAUAUAUUUCCCAUGAUUGUAAGGGAAAAAAAGCCAAAUUUAUUACUUUGCCUUUGGGUCUUUUAAAUAUUGAUAAAUAUGUGAGUUGUAUGGAAAACAAUA